GGAAAGGGAAGGCUAGGGCGUGGUAAUUCGUCGGCCGGGGUAUAAAAUAGGCUUCCAACGAACCGUCCGUCGUAGUCGCUCUGUUCGUCUCAAACCAACAUCAUGAAGGCUGUUCUUGCUUUGUGCUUCCUGAGUGUGGCCACCGCCGCCAUUAUCCCCUUCCCCUACACCGCCGGUGUUCUGCCGUACAGCGGAGGGGUCAUCCCAUCAGGCGGCAUCCUGCCCCUCUCAGCUGGCGUCUUGCCUACAACCUACGGCGCCUUGCCUACAACUUACAGCGCCUUGCCUACAACCUACGGCGUCCUGCCAACAACCUACGUAGCCGCUCCCCAGAUCCAGACCGUUCAGGCUUCCGUUGUCGCCCCCGGAUACGUCGCCAAGACUCCCGGCUCUGAGCACAUCGCUCCCCUGCCAGCUGGUCUCGGCUACGCCUCCCACCACAUCAACUUGGCCAAGGCUCCAGGCACCCAGUAAGCAGCUCGACGAAGAGGCGCUCCCUUCCAGCAGGAUACCUGCGUGUCCGGUUGGAAGUUCCUCGCCCAAGACGGUGACGGGAAUGGCAGGAGACAUCGUCCUUUUUGAGGGUUCAUUCAAGGGCGUCAGCUCUCGUGAAUCGCAGGGGACGAUGGCCUGAUCUCCCCGUGUCACUGUCCUGAUGAUGAUUUGAUCUUCACCCAAGAAAGAGGACCAGGAACUCUCGCUGCAAAAUGCAACAAAGAAAAUCAUGUCCAAAGUAUAACAGGUUUUCUUUGAACGAUGAUUUCUUUUGUCAUAUUUUGCAGCACUUUUUAAUAAACUACAAAAUCCCAAAA